ACUCCAGCCACCAACAUGCGAUCCAGUAGUCUUCUGAUACCUUCCCCCCACCCCCCUGUUUUCGCUCCGUGCCGAUCCCGCAGCCAGGUACAGGCACAGCCGCCAGCUCAGCCGGGCACCGCCCAGCCCCUUUGCGCCUUGCGAGCGGCGGACGGACGGCAGCGCCACCGCGCGGCCACCCCUCAGCACUGCCCGAGCCGGGCUAACGCCGCCACCGCAGCACCCCGCCUCGCCACCGCCACCGUUAGCGGCGCCCUCCUGCCCCGCGCAUGCGCAGCGCGUUCCGCGCGUUGCCUGGAGACGGUUGCCUGGGCGCGUUACAGCCUCGCGGCUGUGGGAGUCGGAGCCCUCUGCGCCCACAGCCAUGCUGCCCUCUCCGCGCCCGCCGGAGGCAUCCGCCGUGCUCUAUACUUACUGCAGCCCUCCCCGCGCCCUGCCCGCCCGCCCCAAGUAUCGAGCGCCGCUGGCGGCCGACGAGCCGGAGAAGGAGCCCGCUCGCUGGGCCAACCUGAUGUACGACAGGAGGGUGGUGCGCGGCAACACGUAUGCCCGCCAGGCCAUACCGACGAGCUGUAUUUGGAAGAGAUAAGUGACCGGAUAAUAGAGGUUGAUGUGGAGUGUCAAACAGAUGCAUUUUUGGACAGACCUCCCACUCCUUUCUUCGUGCCAGCCAAAACGGGAAGAGAUGUGGCCACACAAAUAGAAGAAGGAGAGCUCUUUGACUUUGACGUUGAAGUCAAGCCAAUCCUGGAAGUGCUGGUUGGGAAAACCAUUGAGCAAGCUUUACUGGAAGUCAUGGAGGAAGAAGAGCUGGCCGAUUUGUGGGCACAUCAGCACGCCUAUGCAGAACUGCGCAAUGCAGAGCUGGCUGAGGUCCAGCGACUUGAAGAGCAGGACAGGCGAUACAGAGAGGAGAAGGAACGCUGCAAACAGCAGCAGAUGCAAAUGCUGCAGAAAGAGAAAGAGACCAUAGAGAAAAUUGCAGCUCAGGCAUUUGCUAAGCGUUACUUGGCUGAUCUCAUUCCCUCAGUCUUCAACAAUCUUCAUGAGAGUGGGUUUUUCUACGAUCCUAUAGAAAGAGACAUCGAGACGGAAUUCCUGCCAUGGCUGAUGACAGAAGUGGAAGAAACACUGGAAAAGAAGACUCUGGGAAGGGUGAUGCUUGACUCGUUGAUUCGUACAGUGACUGAAAAACGCCUAGAUGUAUUUAGCCAAAAGCCUCUGCCUGUUCAGAUAGAGGCACCAGCUGAGGAGCCCAGGCCAAUAGACAACGCACCGCAGGUGGCUGCUGGGACAGAAGAUGCUGAUCAACCAGUCAGAGCAGAUAAAGAGACUGACCAACCUGCUGCUGAGGAACAGCCUUCACGUCACAUUACUUUUCAGAUAGAGGAAGCUGAUCAAGAAACGGAUGUCUCAGAAGCUGACUAGCAAGCAGGCAAGUCAUCAUCCUGUCUAUUUACAGGUAUUGUGCUGUAGGCAUGCUGAAGGAUGAAUCUAGUCAACAGUACAGCAUUAAAGCAUGUUUUCCAAAUAUUGAUGUUGCUGAUCUCAGGUUGAAAGAGUCGAGAGUUUACUAGUGUCAUGAAUGGCAGUGAAAUUCUAUUCUCUUCUAGAUAAUUCAACUCAUCAAAAACCAGAAAUGUUUACAAGUGAAAAGUAAUGCUGUCCCACAUCCCAUUCUAGAACUACAUGAGAAAGUUACUGAAAGCAUCCUGGUAACCUUUGCAAGUGCUUUGAUCAUGUUUUAAGAACAGAGAUGUUCUUGCUUUGCUUAUUUUGAAAGGUAACUGCUACAGCAUUUAAAUUUCUUUCCGUUCAUGUUAUUUGCUCCUCCCCUGAUAGACUUGGAUGGGCAUCUCAGCAGGCAGUAGAGUAAAGGCUGUUGUUCCUGACACUCUUCAAGUUCUAAAGAGUUAUCUGGGAACAUCUGCUCAUGCAAAAUUCUCCUUAGCCUCCUGGUAUGGGGCUAAGCCCAGCCUCAGUUUUCUUUCUCAUCACUCUUCUUUGGUGCUUCACUGCACUGGUACCAGACAUGACCUACAAAAUGCACCUGCACUGCCUUCCUGGUUGUUCCUAGGCCAGCUCCUCAAGUGGGGCAUUCUUACUUGUAAAACUGCAUUGCUGCUCCAUUGCAGCAAUACCAUUUCCUUGCUAGUUGUACUGGUGGAACCAGUCCCGGCUGCCUUAUGUUACAUCCUCUCUGCAGUACAGAGGAGAUGUCUGCUAACCCAGCAGGCCAGAACCAAGUCUAAGAGAGAUUUCAGGAAUGACACCUGCAGAGAUAAGUACCUGCUUCACAUCUCAUACUCUAAGGAGGGAUGUUCAGACUUUUCUCUGAACCACUCACGCUUGUGGCUUCAAAGGCAUACCCUGCCUGUCUUCCAGCCUGAGCUCUGACAUCCAGAGCCAACUGUGCUGUACAUGGAAGAUUUCACUUGUCUCAUGUAUUUGCCUGUCACUGUAGAUAGUUGAAAAUUUGAAACAGUGAGGUAUAACCAGCAACAAAUCCACUAAGUGGUUUGAGGAUCAGCAGAUACGCCUGUGUUAAACUGUUUGUAAUCAUAUAGUAUAGAUUGUAGAUAGACCCACAGAUGCUUUCUGAAGCUGGAAUAUUCCUUUCUUUGCUAAGUUGUCGGUAUUUCAACAUAGCGUGCUUGGCUUUUCAUGUAUCACUGAUUCCUCUAACCAUCCAGCAAAAUGUGUUUUGUAUGAAAUUAAGGUAGUCAUUACUCACUCUUUAAAUAUCUGAGAAUAAUUUGCUUUUAUGACACGUGACUGGAAUUGAAGGCUUGAAAUGAAAAUCUGGUUUAGGCAUUGAAGUCAGUGGAAGGUUUACUUCAGUUUCAAUAGGAACUAUAUUUUGCACUGAUUUUGUUCCCAUGAUGUUGGAGAUUUUUGUCAUGACUUCUUCAAGGUAAUUUUUUCUAGGUAAUUAACUAUAAAGUCUGUGUGACUCGCUGCAUGAGAACUGUAAACGAAAAUUUACUUAAGUGUUUAAUUAUUCUGUUUAAAUAGAUUAUGGUACUGUUAUAUAUUCUUAAAUUAUUGCAAAAGUUGUAUGCCUUGCUUUUUUACUUCAUUUGAAUUUACGGUUACUAUUCAAGGCUGUAAAUUAUUUUAUAGUUUGAUUACUGUAUUUCUGGAAAAAAGGUUUUAAAAUAGUUUUAAUACAGUCCUUGUCUACCAGCUA